CAGGUGAGGCAGCCCUCCAGGUCAUGGGAGGAGCUGUGGCUGAUGAGGGUCCCACAGGCAUCACGGCCCCUGAUGGCGGCUGGGGCUGGGCUGUCCUCUUCGGCUGUUUUGUCAUCACGGGCUUCUCCUACGCCUUCCCCAAGGCCGUCAGUGUCUUCUUCAAGGAGCUCAUGCGGGAGUUUGGGAUUGGCUACAGCGACACGGCCUGGAUCUCCUCCAUCCUGCUGGCCAUGCUCUAUGGAACAGGCCCACUCUGCAGUGUGUGCGUGAACCGCUUCGGCUGCCGGCCUGUCAUGCUUGUGGGUGGCCUCUUUGCAUCCCUGGGCAUGGUGGCCGCGUCCUUCUGCAGAAGCGUUAUUCAAGUCUACCUCACCACGGGGGUCAUCACUGGCCUGGGUUUGGCGCUCAACUUCCAGCCCUCACUCAUUAUGCUCAACCGCUACUUCAACAAGCGGCGCCCCAUGGCUAAUGGGCUGGCGGCAGCGGGCAGCCCCGUGUUUCUGUGUGCCCUGAGCCCACUGGGGCAGCUGCUGCAGGACCACUACGGCUGGCGGGGUGGCUUCCUGAUCCUGGGUGGCUUGCUGCUCAACUGCUGCGUAUGUGCCGCACUCAUGCGGCCCCUGGCAGCCCGGCCGGGUGUGGUCACGGGGCCCCAGCAGUCCUCUAGGCGCCUGCUGGACCUGAGUGUCUUCCGGGACCGCGGCUUCGUGAUCUAUGCUGUGGCUGCCUCCGUCAUGGUGCUGGGGCUCUUUGUGCCACCCGUGUUUGUGGUGAGCUACGCUAAGGACAUGGGCGUCCCUGACACGAAGGCUGCUUUCCUGCUCACCAUCCUGGGCUUCAUCGACAUUUUUGCACGACCUGCAGCUGGCUUCAUCACAGGACUCAAGAAGGUGCGGCCUUACUCCGUCUACCUCUUCAGUUUUGCCAUGUUUUUUAAUGGCUUCACCGACCUUACGGGCUCCACAGCCAGUGACUACGGUGGCCUGGUGGUCUUCUGCAUCUUCUUUGGCAUCUCCUAUGGCAUGGUGGGCGCCCUGCAGUUUGAGGUGCUCAUGGCCAUCGUGGGGACCCAAAAGUUCUCCAGUGCCAUCGGCCUGGUUUUGCUGCUGGAGGCGGUAGCUGUGCUCAUCGGGCCACCAUCAGGAGGCAAGCUCCUGGAUGCGACGCAUGUCUACAAAUACGUGUUCAUCCUGGCGGGGGCCGAGGUGCUCACCUCUUCCCUCAUUCUGCUGCUGGGCAACUGCUUCUGCAUUGGAAGGAGGCCCCAGAAGUUGCAACCUGGGGCAGCAGCUGCGGAGGAGGAGAAGCUGCACAAGCCCCCUGCAGAUGUGGGGGUGGACUCGCGGGAGGUGGAGCACUUCCUGAAGGCAGAGCCUGAGAAAAAUGGGGAGGUUGUUCACACCCCGGAAACCAGCGUGUGAAGGACCAGACCGGCAGGGCACAGGGAAAAGGUGCAGAGACUGGCAACGCUCGUAUUUAUUUCGUAAACAGGACUGGCUUAAGUGGGGCCGUCGGCUCGGCUGCCUCAUCAGCGGAUCGUCACCUGAUCAGUGUUUUGCGGGAGGGAGGUAGCGGGUGGCGGAUCUGCAGUGAAGCCAAGCCACGAGGUUACAGGCCGUCUGCAGCCAUGGACUCAGCCUGCUGCCCCAAGCAGCCCUGUGCCCACCGCUGUGCUCAAGGACCUAGAAACCCACACUUGAGACAACAUGACUUUAAUCAGAGGGUGGGCUGGGACAGGCUGGGGGUGGGCACUGCACAGGGCCCUCUCUGGCCUUUCUGACCCACUGUCCUGUGCUCUCAGGCUCUACUGCCGCACCCAUGCUGCUCCUCUCUGAGUGUCUGGGGACAGAGCUCCUUCCACCUGGGAAGGUGGAAAUAAACCUGCGUGUGGGAGACUCA